AUGGCGCUCCGAUGUUGUGACAAUAACCCUAUGUGCGUUUACGUCAAGGUGACGAAUUCCUUUGAGAUCCUGACCACUCUAAAAUUUUCGAACAGAUCGAAAGAGGUCAUGCGACGAGGGAUUACUGGCGACUUCAUUACUACUAACACUUCCAAAUUCGCAACGGCACCAGCUAAGGUGAUUAUUUUGACGUACAUGCGCAGUGGCUCGACAUUGUUAGGCGAAGUCUUCAACUCCGACCCCCAUGCCUUCUACUGGUACGAACCAGUCCGUGCAGUCUAUGGCGGUCUGUAUGAGAAGGUCGUCCGUGAGCCUCAGAGUCUCGUGGAUCAAUUGGAAAUAUCGAACAGGUACAUGUCUCGGUUUGAGAAGGACAAAUUGAUGACCUUCAUCAAUGACCUCUACGGAUGCGACACUGCAAAAUGGCCGGAUGAAUUCCUGGCGUGGUACGACCUCCUUGAGAUGAACACCUUGCUUCUAAAAGCAGCAAGGUGUGCGCAUCGGACUAGGGCGGAAGGUUAUGGGUCAUUUAGGUGCAUUGUGGAUACUGUGAAAGGAAUUGAGUCGAACACGGUCCCAGACAUCAUGCAGGCCUACUGGCUAUUGAGAAUGAAAGGUGCACACACGCAGUCUAUGAAUUACACGACGAAGGAAGAACUUCUUUUGCGGGCUAGCCUCGGAAGCGAUUCCGCGGUUGCAAAUAGUACCAUAGAAAAACUCAAAGAUAUCAUGAAGUGUUACAAGAAGAUAGGUACUAAAUUACGACCGUGUUUAGAAUCAGUAGGAGUGAAGCAGGCUUGUGAGAAGACUAAAAUCCGAGCUAUAAAAACUAUCCGUAUGCAAAUGGAUUUCGUGGGAGAAUUUUUCGACCUUGACCCCGAUGUCAAGGUCGUGCAUUUAUUACGUGAUCCGCGAGGUGUGGCGAAUUCAAGAUCUAAGCUCGGUUUGCUGCGACCGAAAGGAUCGGUAGAGCUGGAUGCCAAGGUUUUAUGUAAUAAAAUACUGAGAGACUUGGCGGUGAAGAAGGAACUAAUGAGAGAAUUCCCUGGGAGGAUAUUUACAAUACGAUACGAGGAUUUCGUCGCCGAUACGGAUAACGCAAUAAAUGCCUUGUAUAAUUUCCUAGGAACAACACGUACAAAAGAGGCAUAUGAAGCAUUCAUUAUUCGGACAACUGCCAAGUCACUUGACCCAUACUCCCCGAGCCGGGAGAGUCCUAAAGCUGUCGCCGAGGCCUGGAGGAAACAACUUACGGGGGCAGAUAGACGGUCUGUUGAUGCGCAGUGCUCAAAGGUUUAUGAUUUCCUGGGGUACCGUAUAUAA